CUUUAAAUUAAAUAUUAACUUAGAGUAAAAAAAAACAAUUGUCUGCACUUGGAAUAUAAUUAUUUUGUGUUGCUCUGCUUUUGCACUGUUAACAUUUUAACUGUUGAUUUGCCAAAAACAACAACAACAACAAACAAGGAACAAGAAGCUGUCGUUGCUCCUAUAAAUUUAUUAAAAAAUUUUUUUUUAUUUUAAUAAAACUUUAUAAAUUGUCUUGCUCAAAUGUUAGUACAAGACGUGGUCGUACACAAUUUUAUUACACAGGAGCUUGUCUCAGAUUCGAUCUCAGAAUCAAAAGUUGAUGCUUCAUUUCGUAGAGUAUCUAAGCAUCUUCAAUGUUUCCAGAUUUGGAAAAUAGCAGAAGACAGUCUCGAAAUACUACCUACUACAGAGUAUGGCAACUUCUAUGAUAAUUACGGAUACAUCAUAUACAAUGCUGCUCAACCUGGUGUAUUUCCCAAUGAAGAUACAAUUCCACGAGAAGUUCGGCAAGGAGUUAUUUUGAACCGUUUUCUGCAUUUCUGGUUUGGUACAAAGGCAUCAGAUCAAACUCGUGCUAAUCUCACUCAUAAGAUUAAUGAACUUGACAAAUACUUUGGUCACACAUGUACCAUCUAUCGAGAUUGUCAAGAAUCGGAAAGUGCACGCUUUAUGUCAUAUUUUCGUAAAGGUCUAACUAUUCGUUCGAGUGAGAUUGCAGGAACGAGUGCAUCCCAACAUUUGUUUCGCGUCGAGGGACGUAGGUGGUUGCGUUGCACUCAAAUGCCUGAUAUCAACUGGGAACACUUCGCUUCUGAUUAUUGUAUGGUGCUAGUAACUGAAAAUUGUGUCUAUGUAUGGCUUGGCCGUUUCAGUAGUACUGUUGAGCGACGUAACAGCUUAAAUUGGGCAUCAAAGCUUGCAAAACCGGAAACUGAAGUGAUUGUAUUGGAAGAUGGUUACGAGCAAGCAUUGCCAGAAAAUCACAAACAACAAUGGAACUCUAUUUUACCACUUCAUGAUCGUUUUGUUUCUCAAGGAACUGCCGCUGAUAGUGAAAAGCAUUUAUUAAAGAAAAUUAAGAUAUUCAAAUGUUGUUACAAAAAGUCGCGUUUGCACUUGGAUGAAGUUAACUCCAUCGAACCCAAUAAAAAAGAUUUGGAGGAUAUUGAAUCAUCAUAUAUUUUGGAUGCUGGCGGACGCGGCGUAUGGCUUUGGGUUGGCCGCAAUGCUUUACAAAAUACCCAAAUUAAUUGUAUACGUAUUGCGCGUUCUUAUGCUAAUAAGAAAAACUAUCCAUAUGGCACACAAGUUGUACGCGUCGUUGAUGGCUAUGAGCCAAGUGAGUUUAUUCGGCUUUUUCCGAAUGCUCAAACUGAAUGGAAUAGUUCAAAUAUCACACGCAGACCACUAUCAGCAGGAUAUGGUAGAGUGGAAAAUAAUAUCCUUGUUCAACGUCCAAAGAUGGCGGCAGAUAUGCAACUGAUAGAUGAUGGUUGUGGUGCCCGCAAGAUUUAUCGUGUAUAUGAAAAAUUAAUUCAGGAGCAACCUGACAACGCUUUGCCAAUGUUUUGCUCUAAAAAUUGUUAUGUUAUUUGUUACUCAGUUCGGCUUAAUGCAUCUAAUCCUACGGAUGCACAAAAUGUUGGUGUUAAACAUGUUGUUUAUAACUGGAUAGGUUCAGAAGCAUCACAUAAUGUAAAAAAAAUGGCUGAGAAAUAUGCUAAGAAGUGCUUUGAGGAAUCAUCUAGUAAAUGCAUAUUGGUGCAAAUACAUGAGUUUUGUGAAACUCCUCACUUCUUACAAAUGUUUGGUGGAAAAUUUAUAAUAAUAGCCAAUGAACGCCAAAUUAACUACACCGCAGACGGUUUGGAUUUGGGUAAUAUUCUAUUUGUGUUUAAAUGCUAUGGAAAUGCUACCUACAAUACCAGAACAAUGGAAACUUUUCCAAUGACAUCACUUACCCCAACCCAUUGUUAUGUUGUGAAAUCGGAUCAAAUAUAUGUUUGGUGUGGCACUCAUACUACUGGGGACGAACGAGAAAUGGCCAAGAAUAUUGGUGCUAUGUUCGGUCAAUAUAGCCUAGUUAUACAGGGUCGUGAACCACCGAAUUUCUGGAAACUAAAUGAGCAUUUGACAUCACCAAUAUCCUCCGAUGUUUCUUUUGCAUACAAAAAUACAAAUGAUAAUAUGGUGCGGAGUGUCAUGGUUCCACAAUUACUAACAAUAUGGUCACAACGCAAUCAAAUACGAACCUUUGAAAUAAUUGGAUAUGACCAGAGCGACCUUAUACCUGAGUGCACAUAUAUACUUGAUACAGGUUCGGUUUGCUUUAUUUGGUUAGGAGAACACGCAAGCAACUGUAAAAAACAAACCGAAUUACAUUUUGUAUCCUAUUAUAUAAAACACAUACAUAUACCGCGUAAACCUUCCACAGCAAUUAUUGUAGUCAAGCAAAACUCAGAACCAAAUAUAUUUACUGGUCACUUUGAGAACUGGAAUAUUGAUCAUUGGAAAGACUAUGUAAGCUAUGAAAAUUUGCGUAACACAUUUAAUAUUAAUGUGGUUAAAACUCAAAAUGGCUCUUCCUCCGAGUCUAUACCAUCUUUUUAUGAAGCUCAUAGGGAAUUUGAUCAACAUGCUAAGUUUCCAUUGAAGGUGUUACAACAAGAGGUCUCGGCUUUGCCAGAUGUUGUUAGCCCAUUAAAGCGUGAAGAACAUCUUACCCAUGAUGACUUUGUUCGUACAUUCAAUAUGACAUUCCCGGAAUACGAUCAAUUGCCAACUUGGAAGAAGCAAGAACUUAAGAAAAAACACAAAUUAUUCUAAAAAACAUACCAUACGUUCACCAGAAGAAAAGAUAACAGCAUUAGAAACUUGCGUAUUUUCAUAAUGAUUUAAUCAUUUGAACACAUCCAGCUAAACAUACUACCACCAUUCAAAUUCUUAUAUUCCCUAAACAUUUUAUUUUUUGUUUUAAAUUUCUAUUUUCUAUUUUACAAUAUUUUUAAUUUAUAUAAAAAAAAUUA